CCCCCGGCCCCCGCUACACCAGGUGCGGCUGGGGGCCGCGCGGAGCUGCUGCCCCGCAGCUGCCGCGGCCGCCUCCGCCCCGGGGCUGCCCCGCCCGGCUCCGGCCGCUCGGCCCCGCCACCGCCGGCCCCGAGCCACCGGAGCCCGGUGCGGCUGCGGAGGUGCCGGGACCGGCCCCACUCUGGCGAGGGGAGCGGGAUGCUGCUCUCGAAAAUUAACUUGUUGGCCCAUCUGCGCUCCGGCACCGGCGCGGAGCUGCACGCCGCGAAGCUGCAAGCGGGGAAGGAGAAGGAGCCCCUGGAGCAGCUUUACCGCGUGGGACCGCUGCUGGGGAGCGGCGGCUUCGGCUCCGUGUACUCGGGGGUCCGCCUGUCCGACAGCGCCCCGGUGGCGAUCAAACACGUGGCUCGGGACCGCAUCUCCUCGUGGGGAGAGCUGGAAUACGUGUGUACAGCCCGCCAGAGUGGGUCCGCUAGCACGCCUGUUCAUCUGGUCGCGCUGCUCUAUGACAUGGUCUGUGGGGACAUCCCCUUCGAGUGCAACAAGGACAUCAUCAGCAGGCAGCUCUUCUUCUGGCACCGGGUCUCUGUCGACCAUCCCUGGAAGACAUUUUCAACCACACGUGGCUGCAAGCCCUUCACCUGCCCCAGGAGCCAGCCGACAUCCACCUGCACAGCCUCAUCCAGGAGCCUGGCAAGUGAGAGCUCCGGGCGGCUCCUGCCAGAAGCAGCAAAGAAUCCCAGACUUGUCCUUGUGAGCACAGAACUGAGCAAGGAUCAUCAGAUGGGACCUCGCACAGCUUGUCCUGGACCUUGCAAGUUCUUCCAAGUGCUGGCAGCCACCAUCCAGCCCAGCUGCCCUGGAAUUCUGUUUUGAUUUGGGUUUUGGUUUGGGUUGGGAUUUUUUUGGGGGGUGGGGGUGUAGGGUGGAGUUUCAUUUUAUUCAUUUUGUGGUUUAGGGGGUUUUGUGUUUGGGGGUCAGGUCCUUUUUUGGUGGGGUCAGACACUUGGGAGCCAAACCACACACCAUCCAUCUUUCCUGCCCAAAGAGACUGUCAGGACAGAUGGAGCCCAGGUCAUGGACAGAAUGAACUCAACAAACCUUUCUAGGGAUGGUCCAUAGACUAAGGGAACGAUGUCUGUGUGUAUAUAUUUAUAUAUGUAUAUAAUUUGUUGUACAGUUGUUAAUAGUGAUAAGAUUUAACCUUUUUUCUUGUUGCUCCAGUUUUUUAACUUAUUUUGGGUUUUAACUUACUUUCAUUCAUUUGUUGUUGUAUUUUUUUAAAGAGUUCUAGCUGGUGGGCAAAGUUAUUUAUUUAUUUGUAAUUCCCAUGGGAUUCCAACUCCUACAGCUGCUGAUCUCCUGGUUUUCCAUUUGGGUCUUCCCUCCAUGUGUGUCCUGUGUGUAGGAUUUGUGUUAAUAGUUCAUAUUGUACAGGGGAAUACAGAAAUCUUACUUUCUUAUGUGGUUUUACAUAAAACCAAACCACUUGA